UGAAAGCCAGUCACCAGAUCGUGCACAGCACGUAUACACUGAAAUAACUUCAAACGCACGCAGGUGGCUACGGGGACGUUAAUGACAAAGCUACAUGCAGCAUUUUAUUUCAUCCAAGGAUAUCCUCUCCUUACGCUCACAAAGGAACUGAUAGAGUUGGAGCUUUCUUUCUUGCCUUUCUCCACUGCAAAGACACGUUAUGGAAGGAGGGGCCUCAAAGUGAAGAAGAGUAAACAAAACAGCCCACAGUUACCCAAACCGUGAUUGUCUAUUUGGAAUGAAUCUUCUCUUCUUAACUGGAUGACAUGCCUUGACUCCACACCCACCAUACCAUGGCAGGUUUAGUCUCCACUGUGUGUUUGGUGGUGAUGCCCAGGGCGCUCAUGCGUACCCAUAGCCAGCGUGUAUUGUUUCUGGGUGUAAUGGUGUUGUUAACACUGAUCGCAGCUGACUCACCUGGGACAGAUGGAUCUCUGUUGGACUCUAAACACAACACCAUGGGAUUUCUGGAAGAUAUUCAAAGUCCUACAGGGUCAUCACCAUUAGCCUUACCAAACUCGCAUUACACUGCCUUCGAGAGUCCAGACUCACCUGGUGCCCUGCCAUCCAUUCCUGAACCAAGCCAUGAAGCUAGGACUGCUGACAACAUUUAUAGGGGGAAUAUUGCAUAUGAAAACUCCAAAACCAUUACGUCUAGAGAUGCCUCUUCAGGAGAGCCACAUAUUCUGACCACUCCAUCAUUAAGCCCUUCUGUACCUGUGCUGGAGUCUGGUCCACAGUUUCAAGGACCAGCUAAUCUCUCCUCAGACUGGAAGAUGACUGGUUCAUCUCUUUUUCAAACUCAAACAAAGUCCCCGCUAGAGCCUUGGGAAAAUAUAUCUAUAACAUCAUUAAGCCCCUCUGCUUUUGCAAGAUCAGCACCUCAACUAGGUCUUAAUUCUGAGAAGAAUGCAUCUUUCAGCAAACAGCUGGAUGGUGCAUCAGAGAAAACACUGGGAAACAUGACCUUACAAUCAGAACAGCCUCUCGAGACCCUCGAUCAGACUUUCACUGACUUUUUAGCAGAUGAAUCGCAUACAAAACCGAUGCAUGCAGGCUCCAGCAGUGCCCCAUUGGAGAAGAACAGACCUGCAUAUGAUAUAAACAUGUUACCCAACCCAGAUGAGAUUCUGUCUCCUGGUUACAAGGUGCCUUUCAUCACCCCCCACCCUACAUCGCCUUCGUCUGAACCCACUGAGCUCUCUCCAGAGUACUUCUACCCCUCCAGUGACAUGGAAGUAGACUGGGGUUCUGGGGACUACUUGGAGACAACGUCUUUCUUCAGUUCAGAUAGAGAAGACUAUUCUCUGGUCACCAAGCUGCCGUCUGAUGCAUAUGAUCUAGAGGACUAUACAGAAAGCUAUGACACAUCCUUCCCUUCCAGAGUGGGCAUAUCGCCUUCAUCCUUGUAUCCUCUUUAUGUUUCCCCUUCCUCCAGCCUCACGACAGCAUACAGCCCCAUAGUUUCUCCUAGAUCCAUUUAUCCUUCGUCAUUUUCCACCACAGUUCAGCUUUCACUGGAACCUACUCCCACAGCUAACAGUGAUGUACCUGACAUUUCAGACAUCGAUUGGCCAGAUACAUACACAAUUCAACCAACAGAUGUCCUUUUACCUGACAUGAACAGCUUGGAAUAUUACAACAUUCAGCUGACCAAGGAGAACAACAGUUCAGAAACUGGAGCUGAACACAGGGGGAACAUUACCGUAGUGCCCAUCAGUACUACAGACAACACAUUCACCAACAGCUCCAGUAAUGAUACUAAACUGACUGAGGAUGAUCUGUCAGGGUUUGAGCCUCAUGAUGGAACAACCAAUGUAGUAACCACAGAAGAGAGUCCUCAGUUGGUCAAUGCCUCUCAGCCUUUUCUUGAUCCUUCCAUAGUCCCAACACAUUCCCUCUACUCCUCUUCUUCCUUUUGGGAUGAUCAGGUGUCCACCACAGAUUGGUCUGCACAUACACUCAAUGUUGACCUGGACAGCACUCCAGUUACAAAAGCUGUGCAACCAAGUGCAACACCUUUGCUGCCAGAUGAUCUAAUUUUUCCCUCCUCUCUUACAUAUGUUCAUUGGUUUGUUACAGAGUCUUUCUCAAAAAGUACUAUAGAUGCAGCUACUGUCUUAACUCCAACUGUAGAGUUCUCCCCUGUUCCCACUGAGCCUGUUGUCAACAGUACAGCUGAUACAACAGAAUUAACUCCUGAAGUCUCUACUGUUACAAUUGAACAAACUCUCGAUGUAACUACAGUUUCAACCGAAUCAAGGUCUCAUAAUGUCACUGUGCCCCCCCCAUUUGUGAUGGGUGAUCAGGGGGUGACUGAAGAUGGAGCUGACACCCUAGCCACACUGACCUAUAUCCCAACUAGCAGUGAAGUUAAUGAAGUCUCUACUGCACCCACAAGUACAGCUGCCACAACUACUCCUCAUCAAGCCACAACCAGAAUUGCUGCAACCUCUGAAACUAUUGUCACCAUCAUCGCUACCACUGGUGAUGAAAUCACAGCCGCAGCACCAACAUCAAGAUCGUAUCUCUGUAACAUUAACAAACCUGAUUAUUUAGUAAAGAUUGGUUUUCCUUCUGGGGCCACUGUAGGAUAUGCCAAAUCUCAGAUAGGAAACAUUCUGAAAGGGGAAUUUGACAGAUCAGUGGAACUGCAGGUUGUGGAUCCACCACCAAAAUUUGUGUUUCGAGUGGUGUCUGGUCCAAUUGUGUACACAGCCAUAUCUGUCGUCAAUGCAUUGCAGAGGUCAGGUCGCCAAUUCCUCUCCGUUUCUCCAAACUGGUCAACACCAGACAGAAAAUAUCAAGUCCACUCAGUGCUGCAGUUUGUUCCUGGCCACAUAGACGUGCGGUUCUGUAACUUCAGUGAGAACAUUGAGAGAGGCUUGACAAUGGCCUUCGCAGAAGUGCGCAGGCGCUCAACGGAGUCAACUAACAUCACAGUGCAUAUUGUAAACAUCACCAUGGCUACUCCCACAUAUGAGAAACAAAAGCUAGUGAGGAACCCGGUUCACAUCACUUUCACUGUUCACAGUUCAAGUGGUUAUCUGAUGGGGUCAGAGAUUAGCAAUGCUCUAAUGAAACUCACUAUGGUGGAAUUCAGCUACUACAUGGGCUUUCCUGUACUGCAGAUUGCUGAGCCUUUCCAUUAUCCAGAGCUAAACACCAGCCAACUGCUUCGCUCUUCCUGGGUUAGAACAGUGCUACUGGGUGUGCUGGACAAGAAAGUGGGUGAGAAGACCUUUCAAGCUAACAUGGAGCGCCGGUUGGCCAUGUUACUUGGGGAGGCAAUGGGAUCAGUCAGACGGGUUAAAAGAGCCACCACCAUAGGCAACAGCAGUGUUCAGGUUGUAAGUGCAAGCCAGUUGGUGGGUGACGACCACCCCUUAGAAAUAGUGUAUUUUGUGGAGGGGCCCAGUGGUCAGAGGAUACCUGCAGUUCAAACUGCUAACCUGCUUAACACCCUGGAUGUCCAAAGGGCUGCCAUUGUCCUGGGAUAUCGUGUACAGGGCAUUUUGGCACAACCUGUCGAGAAAUUGGUGUCGUCACCUUCUGACAAUGAGAACACCAAUGUGUGGAUCAUCAUUGGGGUUGUGAUUCCCCUCCUCGUGGUCAUCAUCAUCAUUUCCAUCCUGUACUGGAAAUUGUGUCGGACGGACAAGCUGGAAUUCCAGCCGGACGCCAUGACAUCCAUCCAGCAGAGACAGAAGUCUGCUAUGUCACUCAGAGAAUCAAGGACCUCUCGUCAACAGCGACUGCCUCAAACUAAAAAAGGUAUUGAGUUUAGUGAGGAGGAAGAGGAGGAAGAAGAUGAAGAGGAGGAGGAGGAGGAGGAGGAAGGGGAGGAGAAGGAUUUUAAAAGGGGGAAGAGAUCAGUAGCUCUUCUCAAGAGCAAACAGAGUAAGAAAAGUGAAGAGGAAGAAGAGGAGGAAGCUGAAGAAGAAGAGGAAGAAGAAGAGAUGGAGGAGGAGGAGGAGGAGGAGGAAGAGGAGGAGGAGGAGGAGGAUAAAAAGGACAAACUAAAGAACAAAGAAAUUACACCAAGAGAGCAAAGAAGGCAAGACAGCAAAGCUGUGAAAAAGAAACCAGAGGAGGUGAAAAAAGAAGAGAAAAUGAAAGUAUUGUCUAAAGGGAGGAGAGCCGUGGAGGAGUUGCAGGCUCCCACAGUGAAAGGCUUUGACUUUGCCAAGCUGCACCUUGGCCAGCAGAGCAAGGAUGAUGUCAUGGUAAUCCAGGAACCUGUCCCGCCUGGCCUUGGGUCCAUCCCUAUAUCCAUUAAAGAUGGCCUCAGUCCAUCUGAGAAUGGGGAGAUCCCCACUCCCAUUUCCAAAACCUCAGCCACCUCCACCAAGGCAUCCCGCAGUGGUCGAAGGCGAGGGAGGAUCUCCUCAUCAGACGGUGACUCUGUGUUAAGCGAGCAUUCCAGUGAGCGGGAAUCAACCGAGGAGAACCUAAGAGCCCAGGCCACGCCCAGCGACAGCAAGCAGCCCCGUAAGGUCCCCAUUAAUGUUUUAAAUGGCAAGAAUAGAAUUGGUCCUCCUCCUCCUAUGAGCGAUACAAAUGAGCAGCUGUCCUCAGCCUCCAUAUUUGAACAUGUUGAUCGGCUGUCUCGUGCCACCGAUGCAAGCAAGAGGCUCCCUAAUAAAGUCCAGCUAAUUGCCAUGCAACCCAUGCCUGUCCCACCACUACACAGCCCACCCAUCAAUGGCAAAUUGUCUGACACAAGCCAAAUGACCAAAGAGAUUCAGGUAGCAUUGAGGCACAAGUCAGAGAUUGAGCAUCAUCGUAACAAGAUUCGUCUACGUGCGAAGAGGAAGGGCCACUAUGACUUCCCUGCUAUGGAUGACAUGAUCACUGGGUUUGGAGAUGCAAAGGAUCAGGAUCGCAUCUAUCAGAAAGAACAGAUGCAAAUUGAUAAGAUUCUGGACCCAGAUGCUCAAAUGCCCUCUGUCUUCAUGGAACCCAAGAAAAGUGGUCGAGGGAAGCGCUCGCCAAAACAGAGGAUGAAGGACCAGAUGAAUGGAGGGAUGAUGGAAGCAGACAAAGACCAUCUCAUUACUGAAGACAGUGAUGCUGCUUACAGGAAGUGCCCUGGGGUCAACAAUGUGGCCUAUGUGUCGGACCCUGACCAAGGCCCAGGAUCCCCUCACAGGAGUCCCUCCCCCACAGAUGAUGUCUUCCCAGCCCCCACUUCCUCUCCUCCAGGCCAUGCCCCUCCCCCACCGCCGUAUAUGCCUCCCCAACCCUCGAUUGAGGAGGCGCGGCAGCAGAUGCACUCCCUGUUGGAUGAUGCCUUUGCUCUUGUGUCACCCACCUCUCAGGGCAGUACAGCAGGGAUCACCCUCCCAGGGGUCAACAGCAACCCCCCUAACUCCAGCCCACCAGGCCGUGGGCCAAGACCUUGGGGUCUUUCCUACCAAGUUUUCCCCAAUAGAUUCACUGAGAUGGGCAUGCCCUCCACUGCAGUACAAGGCAUGGCACCAAGGCAGGGCCUUGGCUCAAGCUACCUGCCACCAGGAGAAACAGCAGGGCACAGCGAGCAGCUCCAGCCAGACAGCCUGUACUCCAGCAGGGGCCUCUACACUGAUGAGCUGCCCUCAUGUGCCCGACCUCGUCCAGUAGGGGGAACCACAGGUGCCCAGCUCCAUCAUCUUGCACAAGUGGGUUUGUCCAGUCGGAUGAAUGGUUACCCAGCAGGAGGGAGGGCUGCUCCAGGCCAGAAUGGAGGCUUAGGCUGGAACCAUUUUCAUGAUGAUAAUUUCUCCAGAGCAGAGGCUGAAAAAGAAGCAAUUCACCGGAGUGCUAUCAGGGAGCCCACAGCACCCCUGACCCACUUAGACGGAGUGGGUUAUCUGACAGCCCCCCCACCCCUGGAUACCUCUCCUCCCACUCAUUCCUCUGCCUCCCUGAUCAAGGCCAUCAGGGAGGAGCUGUUACGGCUCUCACAGAAACAAGCAGCUGUGCCCAGCUACCACAGCUGAAGUCCUGGCUUCCAGUCUCCAGCUCUAACCAGUCGUGUCACUGACCCUGCCUGCUUGCUUCGCCUAAUCUGACAAUGCUUCCCAUGGAAGUCCCUGAAGCUGUACAGCAGAGAGAUAGUCCUGCUAAAGUAGAGAAGUUUGUUCCUGAAGAGGCUGCCCUGAGAAACUGAAUAACAGGAUGGCUGAUAAAGCCUUAGGUCAGCUGUGCAGUAGUGUAUACCAGACCAGAGAUGACAUGAAACAGACGUGUGAACUCAACAUGCACGUGUUUCUUUCCUGCUCUUUACCGUGGAUCGGGGAAGGCUAAUGUCACCUACUGCGGAUCCACAUGUUGGACUUCUUUGAGAUUUUGCUGCAUUUCCUCAAACUCAGUACUCUGUGUCAUGGUUUAAAUCACCUUCACUAACAGAACCAGUGCGUCAGACUCAAGUCAUAAUGUCUUUUUACAUUACGUAACCUUUCUUAUUUUUGAUGCAGGCCCUUAACUUUCUUUUCGCCAUCAGGUGCUUCCUGUUUUCUGCCAUGAUGAGCCAUGCUAUGCCUUGACACUGUGAUAUAGUUCACAUGACCAUACCUACUGUUAGAGCCUACAGUAAGGUCAUAGUUCACAGCCAGCAAUCCAGUUCAGACAGCAGGCACAAAGGGGCAUCCUUACACAGUAAUAACACUCACUAAUACUACCUAUUCUUUCCUUACGUAUUGCAGUAGAACAGUGUUAGUCUCAGUUGAUAUUGUUCAGCCUCUUGGCUUACAAUACACAGUUUUUCAUGCUAAAGUGCUGUUUUUUUUAUUUGUGUUGAGAAGCUACUUGAUGGCUAAACAAAUGCGAGAAGAAGAGAUCAAACAGUUUUAUGGGCAGGUUUUAAAGAUGCAGGCACAGAUGUAUUACAAAUAAUAAAAGGUGACGUAUUUGACUGUUAUGGUCAAUUAUUAAUGUAUGUAUUCAUUAUGUUGUUAUUUGAUGCACUGUAUGGAGACUACUUGGUACAGCUCAGGUUUUUCAAAAAGAGAUUCCUUGCGGACAAAUCGGUAGACGGAUACUUUUGAAGGUCACAUGGAAGAAGUGUAAAUUAGGGAAGGUCACAGACACCAGUAUUAUGUUUGAACUCAUCUCUGUAUUGAAUACAUAUGGACAACUGUGUCUGUUUCAUGCAGUAUUUAAAGUUUGACUUGCCUUUUUGUUAGCACAGGAAGGAAAGACAUGUACUGUAUUUCAUUAAUGGUUUACUUCAACCACUCCUUUUUAUAUGCUUUUUAAAUAACUUUGGAUUUACCUUUCAUCAUUUAAUUAUGUUCACCCAUCUCUUAGUCAUUGUACUGGUUAGGAGUCAUUCUAGGUUUUUGUUCCACAGGACAUGUGAUACUUUGGGGGCCUAAAGUUAUAAUUUAUUUAAAUGAAAUAAAAGAGGAAAUCUUGGAUUUUUUAUAGCAGGACUUGAGGGUGUGUUUUUGCAGUUUCUGCCAGGAUUAUAUGGCAGAUUAGAAAUGGUCCCUGCACAAGCCUUGACUUCCAGCUGAAUUUACUCAUGUGACCUCGGUGUACUUCUCAUGUUUCGCCACGUUUUGUUUCUCAUGUGAUGUGCCUUUUGGACUCACCUGAAUUGAUUAAGCACUAUAACAGACUGUCAGUCUUCUAUUAGUGCCAAUUAUUAUGACCAAAAUUAUAACAAAAGAAACAAAAACAUCAUUAUUCCAACAUGGCUGUUAAUCAGUGGAUCCAAUGGCAGAUGAACUGUAAAUGAAUUGAACAUCAGGUGACAGUGGCACUGUAGUUUGUCGUGGCCAUUACAUCAUGUUCAUGGUUUAUCAAUUUCACACUGUAUGCCUCCAUCUGCUGGUUCCGCACUGUAACUACAUCCAUGUGUUCAUCAGUUUCUUUUUGUUAUUGUUUCUUAUCGAUCCUUUUCUACGUGUUAUUCUAUGUAAAAAUGAUCCGUUGGCUGGCCCAACUUUCCGUUUGAUUCUUGUUGCAUGUUUAAUUGUUGUAUUUCUUUGGCUUGUUUUUGAGCAUGCCGUUUCAAAAAUUUGUGAAAUACAAAAGAAGCUCUCA